AGUCGCCACCGUUCGCGCAGGUCUGCCUGCCUGGUUUGCGCCGCGGUACAGCACAAGGGCGCGGGAGCCGAGCCGCUUGCCAUGGGCCUGGGUGCCAGCGCCGAUCGGCCCGCGGGCGGCGCCGAGGGCUUCCAUCUGCAUGGGGUGCAGGAAAACUCCCCAGCCCAGCAGGCGGGCCUGGAACCCUACUUUGACUUCAUCAUCACCAUCGGGCACUCGAGACUGAAUAAGGAGAACGACGUACUGAAGGCGCUGCUGAAGGCCAACGUGGAGAAGCCCGUGAAGCUGGAGGUGUUCAAUAUGAAGACCAUGAAGGUGCGAGAGGUGGAGGUGGUGCCUAGCAACAUGUGGGGCGGCCAGGGCCUGCUGGGCGCCAGCGUGCGCUUCUGCAGCUUCCGCAGGGCCAGCGAGCACGUGUGGCAUGUGCUGGAUGUGGAACCUUCUUCGCCUGCCUCCCUUGCUGGCCUCUGCCCCUACACAGACUAUGUGGUUGGCUCAGACCAGAUCCUCCAAGAGUCAGAAGACUUCUUCACACUCAUCGAGUCCCACGAGGGAAGGCCCCUGAAGCUGAUGGUUUAUAAUUCAGAGUCCGAUUCCUGCCGGGAGGUGACCGUAACUCCCAACGCAGCCUGGGGUGGAGAGGGCAGUCUGGGGUGUGGUAUCGGCUAUGGAUAUCUGCACCGGAUCCCAACCCAGCCUUCCAGCCACCAUAAGAAGCCAGCUGGUGCCUUGCCACCUGGACCCAUCCCCCAAGACUCUCUGGCUUCUCUUGGCCCAGAGACAGUCUCCAGCCAGGGUGACUACAUGGAGGCCCUGUUGCAGGCACCUGACUCUUCCAUGGAGGAACAGCUCCCUGAGCCCAGGAGUCCCAGCCAGAGUGUUCCAGAUCUUGGGGAACUUCCAUAUUCCAUGGAGUCUUCUCUUCAGCCCCCACCUCCAGUGCAGCGAGUCAUGGACCCAGGCUUCCUGGACGUGUCGGGCAUCUCCCUCUUGGACAGCAGCAAUGCCAGUGUCUGGCCCAGCCGGUCCCCUUCCACAGAGAUGACCUCCACCGCUGUCUCAGCCUCAGGGCCAGAGGAUGCCUGCUCCAGCAGUGGGUCUCAUGAGCGGGGUGGUGAGGCCACCUGGUCUGGAUCAGAGUUUGAGGUCUCCUUCCUGGACAGCCCAGGUGCCCAGACUCAGUUGGACCACCUGCCUCAGCUGACUCUUCCUGACAGUCUCACCUCUGCUGUCUCCCCAGAAGACGGGCUGUCUGCUGAGCUACUCGAAGCUCAGGCUGAGGAGGACCCGACAAGCACUGAGAGCCUAAAUUUUGAGGUGGAGGUUGGGGAGCUGGCCAGCCAGACUCUGAUCUCUGCCCCGGAAGAACACCCUGGCCCAUGACAAGGCUCCCCAGUGGCAUUUCAUGAGGCCCAGGUGGAGGCAGGCAGCCAAGACCACUUCUAACUCCAGGUGUACAGCCACCCAGCUCCUUGACUGAUCCCAGCCCAGUGUGUUCAGCUUCCUAGGCUGCAACUCUGAGAGAUAUGAAAGGGCUUCUGCUGACUGGGGCUUUUGUGUCUACUCAGACCCUGCUCUGGUCUCCAGGAGGCGAACCCCAUCAUUUAUUUUUGCCUGAUGGUCUUGGCUUUGGGGAAUUCGGCACUUGUUUGCAUUUGAGGGUCUUAAACAAGUACUUUUGGGGUGGUAGAGGGCUGGGAGCAGCACCCCAGAUUAAACGUUUUGCAGGAGCUGGGAUAAAAGAGGAAAGGAUUCUGUACCAUGUGGGGGACGCAUGGAGCCUUGGAAGGUAGCGAGAGGAGGCCUUGGGGGAAAGCAUCUUUUGGCUGUGUACCCUCAAGUCCAGUGCUUCCUCCUGCUCUGGUCUCUAUGGCUGCCCAAGAGGCAGCAGGGUUUAGGUGUGAUCAGGUAUGAAAAUGGGGUGAAGGAUGUAAGGGGUUGGUGUGGAAUGCGUUUGCCUGAUUGCUGAGUAAGACUUGCCUUGAUUCUUCCUGCACAACGCAGCCAGCCCUGGCUGUACGGGAAGAGAUACCCCAAGCCCUGGGGAACCCCAAGUCCCAAUCACUGACUCAAUGCACUUCUCUGUUUUGUGCCCUCACCACUAGGCUACAUGCCACAGUUGGCUCAGGCUGGCCCACAUGCCAGUCAGGGUUAGAGGAGAGAGGCAGUGCACUUACUUGCCCAACUCUCCUGCAGUGAGGGGGCUUGGAAAUUCUAGGACUUUCAGCAGAGACCCGGCUAUGCCUGGACCGUGAUGUUUCUUCUUGCUCCGGGCCUACAUGCCACAGAUCGGUGACAACUCAGCUCUCAAUGUUAUACAACCGUCUCUUCUAAACAGAUAAGACAUCCAUCCCAGUCCCAAUAAGUUGAAAAUUCUCCCAAGUUCACUGUCCAAAGCAAAGUCUCAAAGAUCUACCUGACUGGAUCUUUUCAUACACAGUCCCCACUUCAAGGUGGGAUUAGGGGCCUACACGAGAAGAUGAGCGGUAAGGACCCUUCUGUUCUUUCCAUGGUUUGCAACUUUUGAAGGCUAAGGCUAGGUGGGGUCUUCUCUGCCUCAUUCCUGCAGGAAGAGGUGGGCUCCAUCUAGGAACUGCUUCUCACCCCCUGCAGUUCUGUGCUACCUUGGCUGAGGUCCCUCACCUUCCCACACUCCUUGCUAAUUACCAAGAAAGCUGCCUCUAACCUUGUCUUCUAGCCUGCAAGCACAUUUGAAAGUCCAACUCUGAUGCCUUGAUGUGUACUGUCUGUACACUUACAGGGAACUCACAGAGCUCUUUGAGGUGUGGAAGACAAGGACUGCCUGCUUUACAGCACACACUCUGGGGAACAGACCAAGUAUUUGGAGGGAGGGUUCCAAAUUAGCAAACAACUCAAGUUUUAAGCACCAUGACUGCAUUUAAAGUAAGUCCAGAGCAGCUGAUAAGCCUGCAGAACAGUGUAGCAGUGUGUCCAAAGCCAAUGGUGGAGUCUGGUUCCUGGACUGUCUCGGAGCUCAGGGUCUGUCUGCAGGAAUCCAGGAAGAGCAGAAUCACUGUAGGACCAUUCUGGGGCCAGCUUCCCUGACUCUGUCUCCCAGCAGUCUGACCCCAAGUCACCUUCACCCAAGGGCUCUGGUUCUUUGCUUUUACUCCCCCUGAUCCCCUGGUAAAUUGGGAAUAAAAUGGUUCUCAAUGACAAUUAUAUCCAGGUUGAACACAAAACCAGAAGGUUUCUUACUUUCUCUGUAAUCUGCUAUGAAGGAAAGUGACAAGUGAGAAAAAUAAAUGUAUUACACUUUGAAAUAUUUUAACUAAAGCCUUUAUUCUGUACAACUGUGAAAUACAGCUUUUUAUCCUUUUGGCAUUACAGACUGUCAAA